AUUAUCUUCAUAUAAAUAAUCUUAAAAAAUAAAUCUUUGUAAAUAGUUUUUUUUAUUUAGUUUUUAAAUUGUUUUAUAUAAUAAAUAAGAUUAAUCAAAUUUUGUAAAUAUAUCGUUAAUUUUUUUUUUAUAAAAAAAAAAAAAGAAAAAAAAGAAAACAUCAAAAAUAUAUAAAUUUAUAUUUCAUAUUAAAGAAUGUUCUUUUCGCAAAUCGUUUUAGCUAAAAGAGGUUCAUUAGGUAAAAUUUGGUUAGCUGGCCAUUGGGAUAAAAAGCUAGCAAAAAAUGUUGUUUUUAAAACCAAUAUUCCAAAAUCGAUUAAAUUUAUUUUAAAACCACAUGUUCCGAUGGCUUUACGUAUGACAUCGCAUUUAUUAUUAGGUGUUGUUAGAAUUUAUUCAAAGAAAGCAAAAUAUUUAUUAAGUGAUUGCACAGAAGCUGUUGUCAAAUUAAAGGGUUUAUCAAAAACAGUAUCAAAAAUUGAUUUACCAGUCGAAGAGGAUCCACAAUCACUUUUAAUAACAGGUCCACGUAACACCGAGUCAAAACCACAAGUUUACCAAGAAGUCGAUAGAUUUUUAAGAAAUAUUGAUAUUAGAGAUUUAGUAGUUGACCCAUUAUACGAUCCAAAUAAAUUAGAGCCAAGCGAAAAACCAAAUUAUUCAGAUUUGUUUGGAGAAACUGCAGCCGAUGAGGCAAUGGUUAAUAUGAAUACACCAGGUGGUAUUGGUUUAUUUGAUGAAGACACACCAUUAUCAAAGAAACCAAAAUCAGAUGAACUUAGAAAAGAUGAAACAAAUAUUUUAAAUUUAACACCACAACAAUCAUUAUUCCAACAAUUUAAAACACCAACUACCCCAACAACUCCAGGUGGCAGAUCAAUUAUCGAAGAUUUAGCUGUUAACAUUAACCCACUUUAUGAUGUUUCAAGAAUUCCACAAACUCCAAAAGAUGAUCUUAUGACUGGUGAUGGUGAUAAAAUGGUUGAUUUUGGCGGCUGGGAACCCAAAUCACCAAAAUCAGCUGCAACUGAAGCUGAAGGAACAUCAGAUCUUCUUAACACAACUACUACAACCGCUACAACUGCAACAUUAAUCGAAGAAAAAUCAGCCAAUCAAAUUAUUCAAGAUGCUAAAGAUAAGUUUGGUGCUCAAAUCGAAGCUGAAAAAAAUAAAAAAGGAACCACAAGAGUAAGACAUGUUAGAGAGUCCGAUGGUGUUUUAAAUGAUAGAGAAAUAAAACGUUUCAAAAAUCCAAGACCAUUAACCAUAGAGCGUUCAUUGCUUCCAAAUCAAUUAUCAGUUGUUGUAGCUAAAACCAAAGAAAUUCCAUUAAAACAAAGAAUGUUAAAUACCAUCAGAAACAAUAUCUCAAAUACAUUUUUCAAAACCUUCGGUGAAGUACUUCAAAAUCGUUAUCCAAAAGUUUUACAAUCAGUUGAAGCUCCAUAUGCCCAAUAUUUACGCUCACGUAUGACAUACAGCAAAAUGAUGCAAAAUAAUGAAUUUCUUGCAAAUGUUGAAGCUGAUAAUACUAGAAAUGAUUUAGGUAUUCCACAAUUUACAGAAAACCCAGAUUUAAAGGACGAUCAAGAAACUGAAGAAAUUCUUUUAAAAUCUAUCAAUAAUCGUAUCAUUUCAGAGGGUGUUGGAAUCUCCCCAAGUGAAAAGAAGAAAUUAAAAACCGAACCAUUAUCAGAAAAUGAUCACCAAAGAAUUGAUCAACUCCGUGGUGAAUUAGAUGCAAGAAAUAAAGAAGGUUUAGAUCUUUUCUAUAAACCAAAUGAUAAUCAAUUAUUAAGAGCAGAAACUUUUUCAUCAGAUUCAGCAAGCAAAGAUUUCGAACAAAAACUUAGAGAACAAGAUGAUGGUUUUGGUUUUGAUAUUGGCAAUGAUUUCGAACCUCAACAACCUAGAGAUGAUGAUCGUGCUUUAGAACUACUAGAAGAUAAAAAUGAAGGUUUUGGUAAUUUCGAUGAAGAUUACCCACAGCAAUUCGAAGAUAUUCAACCAGGCCAAAGACAACCACCAAGAAAUCCUCAUUUAGAAAAGAAAAUCUGGUCAACCAAAACUAAAAAUAUGCAUAACAUUCUAGAUAAUAAUUUCAAAAGUAAAUCUGAAAUUGGAUUUUUAGACGAUAUCAUCAAACCUAUUCAAAACCAACCAAAUAAUACCAAUGCUAGAGUUGCCGCCGCAUGCUACUUUUACGAACUUUUAAUCCUCAAAACUAAAGUACUUGUAGAUUUAAAACAACCCGAAACUAGUCUCGAUGAUUAUCCAGAUAUUAAAAUUACUAAAACUCAAUAUUUUGAUAAUGUUGAAGGUUUUGAAGUUGUCGAAAAUGAUGGAUUGUAAAAUAUAUAAUAAAAUAAAAAGUUUUUU